GCUGCUGAUUGGCUUGAACGCAAAUGAGGUAAAGCUCCACACACUUGCUGCUGAGCAGCACUCAUUAAUCUCAGGUGUGCGCGUGUGCCGCUCACUUCUAAUCAUUGUGGCUUGGCUUCGGUUUCUUGUUGAGGCAUUUUCUACAAGCAUUUAUGGCAGCUGUGAACAGACCCCCAACGGCUCGACCACAAACAAACGGGGGCCUACACUUUCGUGCCACUAGUGGUGUGCCAAACACCGGACAAAAGGACCCAGGACCACAAGGCGCAAGCCAAGAUCCAGGACCAGCGCCCCUUCCCCACAUGUCUACACGACCGGUUUUCUAUGUCCCUACUCCGCCUCCACCUCCUUUUCUCCACUACCAGUGGCCCAUGCCCUUCCCUUAUAACCCCUUUGCUGGGUUCCCAGGCAUGGGCUAUGGUAUGGUCAUGCCCCAAUUCCCUCCUCCCCCCUACAUGGAGGCUCCAGCGUACUUCAUGCCACACCCACACGUUCAACCGCUUGACUACAGAUGCUUUCUACACCCCCGGUUCAAUGCUCAAGGCCCACUGUACCAGAAUCCAAACCAGACCAAAAAAGUUCCCCCCCAUCAUACUUUCCCUGUUAAAGAAACUGCCAAUUCCCAGGUCCAAACGGAACCAACUGAAGGCUCAUGUAGCGACAAAGGUUCAGAUUCAGGGAGAGGAACUGCUUCGUGUUCUCCAUCCUCAAUUUGUAGCUCCCAAAAAGAUUCUGCCGAGGUUGGAAAGUGUACUUUACCCAGCGGUCGAAUAGAAAAGGACAUUCAGGUUACUGGAAAAAGCAGUUCUUCUAAACAAGCCUUUGUAUCCAGUCCUGCGGAAAAUAAUGGUACAGAGUCGUGUAGUGUAACAUUAGAAAAACCAAACAGAGUUGCAGAAAUGGUCAAUCGAGAAAAUCACCUUUCCUGCAAGAAUGACUACUGUAAUAUAUGGUCGGUGAGUUCUCAAGAUUGUGAAGUUCCUCUAUGUAGCUCUCCUCAAGAGGACGAGGUUAUUAAAGAGACGAGUGUCUCUGUCGCUAACAUUUUAUUGCGUUGGAGUGGUGGCACACCACAGGAGGAGCUACUGAAAGAAUCAGACCAAGUGGUACUUCCUCACAAUGAGGAUCGGCUGGCUUCCAAAACUGAUGAGAAACAUGAAGGGCCUGUUUCUCAAACUGCUACAAAGGCAAAUAUUCCCGUGCCGGGUAAUGACGAUUAUGCUAAGGGAAUCGCAGAUUGCAAUAAUUAUACAAUCCAAGAGCUCCUUUCGGAAUCCAGGAGAGAGCGUGAAGCAGUGGGAGUGUAUGUUUCCAAAACCCAUCCCCAGAACGGAGGUGGGCAUUUCUUGUAUAAUUCUAAUGAAGUCCAAGACAAUGCAGAGAAUGACAGUGUUACAAAUCCACAGGAAGAUGCUGUGUGUGUUCCUUAUAAAUUAUCAAGUACCUCUGGAGUGAAAAGGAAAUUAAAUGAAUCAGUUUGGUCUGUGGAAUCUUUAAUGCCCUUUAUCCCUAGUAAGGAAUGGAUUAUACAGAAUGGCAUGUUUGAGCCUCAGAUGAUUGCAGAGUUGAACAAGGACACUGAAAAGGAUAUGUCAAACCAAAACAUUGCUGUCAAAGCUAAUCAUGAUGGGAACAAGGGGCUGAGAUCAUCUUCAUCCAGCUCUGCUACAAUGUCAGACAUUUUGCUUGAUGUCAUUCCCUCAGUUGAGAAGGCAAAUCAAUCGCAUACUCCAAAAAAGACUGCAGUUCAAACCCUUGAAAUGACAGGAUGUUCAAAACAAGACCCAGGCAUGCUUGCUUCAGAAAAAGACCCCCCAGCUUGUUUACAGAGCAAUAUCGCACCCCUAAUGGAAGAUAUUGGUGAAAAUAGGUCUCCUGAACCUGCGGCUGAUGAGAGCCCAAACCAGAAAUCAUGUUUUAUUGCGCAACAGGCUGGAAGUCCCCACACUGCUGACCAAGAUGAAACUCCCUCAAGGUCGUCAACUGCGGAGAACAUCCUAGCUUUAGCCCAAUGCAGUCCCAAUAAUGGAGAGGCUGUGAAAUCAGGAAAUGUAGACUUAUGCAAUGACGGUCAUCUGAGAAACCAUCAACUUUGCGUCCCUGUGACUGAUCCCAGAAUGGCUGAAUUCUCUCCCUGUUUGUUCAUUGGCUUCCAUUGCAACAGGGUCCAUGAAUCUAAAUGUCCAUAUGAAAACAUGAAGCCCAACAUGGGAGCAAAAGGAAAACGUCUAGAUGCACGGAAUGGCAAAGCUGACGGCGUCUCACUUAAUGGACGAAUGCAGAAGACUCAGAAAAAAUCUGCUCUGUGGAGAAACAAACGGCAUGAAAAGCACAACAAUCAUGUGGCUAAUGGACACCGUGGUGAGCCCAAAUCAAAAGGAACUGCAUUGCCUUUGCAUAUGACGUGUGUCAAAAGUUCCAGGACUGUCACAAAAGAUUUCAAAUCUCAACUACAAGUUUUGUCCUUCAAAGUAACACCCCUGUAGUCGAAUGCACUUUCCCAGCCUUCUCCACCAUACCUUCAUUUACUCCUGGAAGGAUUCUUCGUUCCACAACGCUGUCACCAUCUUAAUGUCGUACACAUCUUCAAAACGUCUCCUUUGUCAUGAGGGGGGAAAAAAUCACAGCAAGGUAGGUCGGGUAAGAAGGCGAAAUGCAUCAGUACCGGUCUUCUUGGCCAGGAACUGUAUUGAUGCACUGGACAUUGAGUUGGCCUGCAAUAACUCUGGCCUCUUGUCUAAUGAUCUCUGUGCUGGUUGAUCAUCAUGCCCGCAUUCAAGGGGAAAACUUGUUUGUAGUUUGGGUUUGAAAUCGAUCUUUUGUGACACCACAUAUAACUACUAGAUGGUAGAAUUCGGUGAAUUCUGACUUUCAAGGUCUGCUGUCACCUGUUGCUUGUUAAAGGCUA